GAAGUUGAACAAGUAAAAGGCAAACGUGAACCAGUUUUACUCAAGACAAUGGCAGAAUUUGGUCGUAAUUCUGGAGGGAGAAUAGAGGGUAUUACAAUAGUGAAGCCCAUUGUUUAUGGUAAUGUGACUCAGUGUUUUGGCAAGAAAAGAAAGGGAUAUGGACCCACACAACAGUGGACAGUGUAUGUAAAACCCUAUAGAAAUGAGGAUAUGUCUGUCUAUGUGAAGGAAAUUCAGUUUAAGUUGGAUGAAAGCUAUGGAAAGCCCUUGGGAAUUGUUACAAAGCCACCAUAUGAAAUUACAGAAACAGGCUGGAGUGAAUUUAAAAUUAUCAUCAAAAUAUUCUUCAUUGAUCCAAAUGAAAGGCCUGUUACAUUGUAUCACUUGCUGAAGUUGUCUCAGUCAGACACAAAUGCCAUGCUGGGAAAAAACACUGUUGUUUCAGAAUUCUAUGAUGAAAUGAUAUUUCAGGAUCCAACUGCCAGGAUGCAGAAGCUGUUAAGAACUUCGAGACAGUUGACAGUGGGAGCUUAUAAACAUGAAACAAAGUUUUUGUCAGGAGCAGCUCUUUCUACUGGUAUGAUGGCAUCUUUACUAAAGAUUGUUAAUGUAUUGUGGCUUGGGGCACAGUGUGGACUUUACAUUUACUUCUUCAAAUUAGGUUUAGAGCUUUAA